GACUGUCACAACGGACUUUGCCCUGAGAACAAAAUAUGUUUUCUAAAACAAGUUUACACUUUGCAAAGUCAACACAGAAAUGUCACAUUUUUAAAACACACCGGAUUUUUUCUUCAGUACGAUGGUGUGCAAAUCAAGUUGCAUCUCAAACAGAUUCGCCUGUGUAUACGGUAGAGGACAACCGGCCCAUCACAAAUGUUCCAUUUGCUAAAAAUCUAUUUGUGGGAAAGUUGGAUAAGGCAUUUCUGGCUUACCCAACAAUACCAGAAGAUGAGCUGAAUGAUUUAAACCAAAUGGUUCAGCCCAUCGAGAAAUAUUUUGAGGAAGCAUUGGACUCCAAAUCAAUUGAUGUGAAUGCUAAAAUAUCAGAGGAAACCCUUCAGGAAAUUAAGGACCUUGGUUUAUUUGGUCAGCAAAUCCCAGAAGAACAUGGUGGGCUUGGAUUAAAUGCUACAAAAUUCGCUCGUCUGGCUGAGAUAACAGCUUUAGAUGGUUCAGUAGCUGUCACCUUGGCAGCUCACCAGUCUAUAGGACUAAAAGGUAUAUUGAUUGCUGGAAAUGAUCAACAGAAAGAAAAAUACCUUCCCAAGCUGGCCACAGGAGAAAACAUUGCAGCCUUCUGUCUCACUGAACCAUCCAGUGGAAGUGAUGCAGCCUCCAUUCAAACUAAGGCGACUCUUUCUGAGGAUGGCAAAACAUUUUACCUGAAUGGUGGGAAAAUUUGGAUCUCCAAUGGAGGCAUUGCUGAAAUCUUUACGGUAUUUGCCAAAACAGAGGUGGAAAAGGAUGGAAAGAAAGUUGAUAAAGUAACAGCUUUCAUAGUGGAGAGAAGUUUUGGUGGUGUUACUAGUGGCAAACCAGAGGAUAAGUUAGGCAUCCGUGGUUCUAACACAUGUGAGGUUCAUUUUGACAAUACACCCGUCCCAAUAGAGAAUGUACUCGGAGAGGUUGGAGGGGGAUUCAAGGUUGCCAUGAAUAUAUUAAACAGUGGACGAUUCAGUAUGGGCAGCUCAGGAGCUGGUAUUCUCAAGAAGUUGAUCGCCAUGACAGCAGAACAUGCCAUAAGCAGGAAACAAUUUGGAAAGCACCUUUCAGAAUUCCGACUUAUUAAGGAAAAGUUUGCGAAGAUGGCUGUAACAACGUACGCUAUGGAGAGUAUGGCUUACUGGACGGCAGGUAUUAUAGACCAGUACCAACAGCCUGACUGUUCACUGGAGGCAGCAAUGGUCAAGAUUUUCAGCUCAGAAGGAUGCUGGGUUUGUGUGAAUGAGUGCCUACAGAUUUUGGGAGGUCUUGGCUACAUGAAGGACUACCCUUAUGAGAGAUAUCUCCGGGAUGGACGAAUUUUAAUGAUAUUUGAGGGGACAAAUGAGAUUUUGAGAAUGUUUGUUGCACUGAAUGGACUACAGUUUGCAGGAAAGGCUCUGAAGGAACAAAUAAAAGUCUCAAACAUUCUCACCAACCCUUCAACACUGCUCAGAAUGUACUUUGAAACUGAACCAAAACUAACUAUGAAGCUACAUGAGGGAAUUCACCCGACUCUAAAGCCUCAAGCAGACAUGUUGGAAAAAUAUACACUACAUUUACAAAGAGCUGUUGUGAAAAUACUGUCCAAAUACAAAAAGGAGGUGGUAGACCAACAGAUUCAUCAGAAACGAAUGGCUGACAUAGCAAUUGACCUUUUCGGAAUGACAGCUUGUAUAGCAAGAACCUCCAGGUCGUACUGUAUUGGACUGAAAAACUCUGACCAUGAGGUGAUGCUGACCAAGGCUUUCUGCUAUGAAGCCAGAGAAAGAAUUGAGCAAAAUCUGAAAGAUUUGAGAGCAGAAACAUUUGAGAACAAUGAUGACACCCUAGAAAGCAUAGCUGACACAAUAUUCAAGAACCAUGGUUACGCUGCAUCCCAUCCAUUGGACAGAAAUUGGUGAGGAGUUUUACACUCGCUGUGUAUAACAGACAACAGAUUUCUGUUCACAAAGUGUCACAGUGUUGCUGCUGUAUAAGAACCUGUUUGUGAACUGAUGGAGUGCCAACUUGAUGUCUGUGAACUGAUAGAAUUUGAGCUUGAUACAACUUUAAGUGUUACAAAGAAGGAUGAUAGUUAAUAGUGCAUUACAGUUAUAGAUGGUAGAAUAUUGUGUAAGUGGGUAAACUACAACAGCAAAGUGACAUGGGGCAUAGUGACAUGGGGCAU